UGGGUGAUGUCGGCGAAUCGGCGGUGGAUUGGAGGCUCAGGUUCGUGCGGGCGCGGCGCGGCCCGCGGCACCCGGAAGACUCCAUUGAGAAUUGGAGUGUGACAAGUUAACAGGAGAAAAGAAGUUGUUCCUUCCAUUCCAUGGAUCCCUUGGGUGCUCCUUCCCAGUUUGUGGAUGUUGACAGUCUGCCAGGCUGGAGUAAUGUCUGUGAGGCUACCCAGGUGGAUUCUUACCAAAAUCCUGUUGAAAAAGCUCAAGUCGAUGUUAGGUCACCUUUUCCAUACAGGAAAGACCUCAAUGCAAAAAUCAUCUUAUGGAAAGGAGACGUAGCGUUACUGAACUGCACAGCCAUAGUGAAUACCAGUAACGAGUCUCUCACCGAUAAGAAUCCAGUAUCUGAAAGUAUUUUCAUGCAUGCUGGGCCUGACCUGAAGGAUGAACUUCAGAAGCUCAAGGGAUGCAGGACAGGAGAGGCUAAACUCACCAAAGGAUUUAAUUUGGCUGCACGCUUCAUCAUUCACACAGUUGGACCCAAAUACAAGAGUCGUUAUCGUACAGCAGCUGAGAGUUCUCUGUACAGCUGUUACCGGAAUGUCCUGCAACUUGCAAAGGAACAGGCAAUGUGCUCUGUAGGAUUUUGUGUCAUUAACUCAUUGAAAAGAUGCUACCCCUUGGAGGAUGCAACCCACAUAGCACUGCGCACAGUUAGAAGGUUCCUGGAGGUUCAUGGGGAGACUCUGGAGAAGGUUGUGUUUGCAGUCUCUGAGCUUGAAGAGGCCACUUACCAGAAGUUGAUGCCUCUGUAUUUUCCAAGAUCUUUCGAAGAAGAGAUACAAUCCUUGCCUUACCUCCCUGCAGAUAUUGGUAAUGCAGAAGGGGAGCCUGUAGUACCAGAACGGCAGAUCAGGAUUACUGAAAAGCCAGGUGUUCCAGAUGAUGCUUCAGAUGAAGAGGGGCUGGAGGCAGAUUUGUCUUUCAUUGGUUCCCAUGCUUUUGCCCGCAUGGAGGGAGAUGUUGAUAAACAGAGACGCCUCAUCCUUCAGGGACAGCUGUCAGAGGCAGCACUGCAAAAACAGCACCAGAGGAAUUACAAUCGUUGGCUGUGUCAAGCAAGAGCUGAAGACCUCUCUGACAUUGCUUCCCUUAAAGCCUUGUACCAGACAGGUGUGGAUAACUGCGGUCGCACAGUGAUGGUAGUUGUUGGAAGAAAUAUCCCUGUAACGUUGAUAGACAUGGAAAAAGCUCUUCUGUAUUUCAUCCACGUCAUGGAUCAUAUUGCAGUUAAGGAAUAUGUCCUAGUAUAUUUCCAUACGCUCACAAAUGAUUACAAUCAACUAGAUUCUAAUUUCUUGAAGAAACUCUAUGAUAUUGUUGAUGCCAAGUACAAGAGGAAUUUGAAGGCAUUAUAUUUUGUCCACCCAACAUUUCGCUCAAAGGUCUCAACAUGGUUUUUCACUACCUUUACUGUCUCAGGGCUAAAGGACAAGAUCCACUAUGUGGAAAGCCUUCAGCAGUUAUUCACAGCCAUACCUCCAGAACAGAUUGAUCUCCCUCCUUUUGUUCUUGAGUAUGAUGCCAGGGAAAAUGGGCCUUACUAUUCCUCGUAUCCUCCAUCCCCUGACUUGUGAUCUGCAGUCCUGCAAUGCUGUUGGUUUCCCAUGGAUCCAAUGACCUGAUGUCUGCCAAAACCUGUGCAUUUGCCCACAGAAUUCAGAGAGAGGGUUUUCCUUCCCCAGCUCUGGUAUUUUUUUACUGAUGAGAUAUUUUCAAGCACUCAAGCAAUCAGAACACUUUAUGCCACUGUGAACUGUACAACUAUUUCAAAUAUAUUUAUCCAAUGGAAAAGUUGACUUUUUGGGGGGAUCAGUACUUUAUUUUCUUCUUUUUUGAAGCCGUUGCGUUUAUUCCUGAACAGACUUUCUCUUUUCAGGGAGAUCCAUCAAAAACAUUUGAUUGUGUUUAUAACUAUUAUAGUUUUCCACAUCCAUUUGUAAUACCUGUUUUUGACUGGUUUGUACAAAUAUUGUGCAGUACCAGCCUGACAUGUUGCUCAUUAUAUGGUUUCUAUGCUUUCAUGUCUGGUCACUUUCCCUAUUGGUUAGUGAUGAUUACUUUGGUUUUGAUGCAGCAAAAGUACCUGAAAUUGGGAAUACCGUGUUUGCAGGCUGAACAGAACACUGCAGCCAAGCAAAGAUUACUGCAGCACUUAGUACCAUAAAUGCUGACUGAGCUAGGAGCCUGAUACAGUCCCAGUCCAUCUUCAGUGAAUGAUGUGACAUGUCAGGAUGCCACUACCCUCCCAGCAAGAAUAAAGUUGAAAAGCAUUUACACUUCCUUUAUA